AUGCGCGUUGUUGAAGCAACGCUGGCAAUGACGUCCCGUCGCCCUCUGAGGCCGGUACAUGCAGUUAGAGCAUGUCCGCAAGCCCAUCAGGCGGUUCCUCUCUAUCGCUGCUCGCUUUCGCGGGCCAGGGCCAUUCUCAAGACAUUCAAUGCACAAUCUGGCGCCAGUCUGCUAGAUUGGACGCGAUUGGCACCUGUCGCAUGGUUUGGUCGGUCUUGGGAGUGCACCGGGGGGGUCGUUCGCAGGCCCGGCGUGAGGAGCUGCGAUCACGGGUUGGGGAGGAGCGGCCAGGACUUGACCGAUGAAGUUGUUUUGAGGGCUGUCCCCUGGAAGUUGGACAGAUACCAUGGGGUUGAGUUG